AGUACUUCCGGCGGGUGUAUGACUUUGAAAUGUCUUCACAUAAAAAUAUUGAUUUAACAGAAUUCAAGAUGGAUUUAAAGUGUUACAGUAAGAUAUUUGAUAAAGUGAUAUUAGAUAUAUACGAGUAUGAUACUCGUUCAAAGGAUAUGACCCAGUUUUUGGAGUUUUCGCCAGCCGAAAUCGCGUCUUGUUGCACGCGGGAGGUAAAAAGAACGGGAUUUUACCAUUUGUUCCCCAUAUCAUGUCAACAACAUCAUGGGGGAAUCUUGAUCCAUCUUCAAUACCCAACAAUAACAACAACAACAACGGAGUACCGAAAUCAGAGUCUGGUUUUAUGUCCAAAUCCUGGGGCAAUAUGGAUGUCCCACCAUCAGUGCCAAACAAUGGCCCCUCUGUUCCCCCACCACCAAAAUCAGAAAAUGAGGACGAUUUGAACGAUGAUGAAUUGGGUAAUGACGCCGAGGGGGUUUGGAGUCCGGAUAUUGAACAGAGUUUUCAGGAGGCAUUAGCAAUUUAUCCACCGUGUGGAAGGCGGAAAAUUAUUCUAUCUGAUGAAGGCAAAAUGUAUGGUCGAAAUGAGUUGAUAGCUCGCUAUAUAAAAUUACGGACCGGCAAGACGCGGUCAAGGAAACAAGUUUCUAGUCAUAUACAAGUUCUUGCACGGCGGAAAACAAAAGAGGUUCAAGCAUCAUUUAAAGAGAACUUUUCAAACUUUCAGGACCAGGCAGCGAAGGACAAGGCUUUACAAAGUAUGGCUGCCAUGUCGUCUGCUCAGAUAGUUUCUGCAAGUGCUAUACACAGUAAGGCUGUUGGUCUCCCGGGCCUACCGCCAGGGUUCAAUCCAUCAUCCGUCCGGCCGGGCUACCCCGGCGCCCCACCAAAUUUUUGGCAGCAUCCAAACGCUCAGGGAGAUGUGAAGCCACCAUAUGGUGCCCCAGGGUACGGGCUUGAUACAAAACCACCUACAUCAAUGAACAGUGAAAUGACCCCGUCAUGGCAGGGUCGAAGUAUUGCCGGUCCAAAAUUACGUCUUGUUGAAUUUUCUGCCUACCUUGAACAGCAAAGGGACGGUGAUCAGUAUCAUAAACAUCUUUUUGUGCAUAUAAACUCCAAUGCUGGAUAUGCAGAUCCUUUAUUAGAGGCUGUUGACAUAAGACAGAUAUACGAUAAAUUUCCAGAAAAGAAAGGCGGUCUUAAAGAAUUAUAUGAUAAAGGUCCACAACCAGCAUUUUUCCUUGUCAAAUUUUGGGCGGAUAUUAACACAAACGUACAGGAUGAACAAGGAGCAUUUUACGGUGUUAACAGUCAGUAUGAAUCUAGUGAAAAUAUGACUAUUACAUGUUCUACAAAAGUGUGUUCAUUUGGAAAGCAGGUUGUUGAAAAAGUAGAGACCGAGUAUCCAAGGUUUGAGAAUGGCCGGUUUGUGUACAGAAUUCAUCGGUCUCCAAUGUGCGAAUAUAUGAUCAACUUUAUACACAAAUUGAAACACCUGCCAGAAAAAUAUAUGAUGAAUAGUGUACUGGAAAAUUUCACCAUCUUACAGGUUGUCAGUAAUAGAGACACACAAGAGACUGUUUUAUGUAUUGCAUAUGUGUUUGAAGUUUCAACAAGUGAACACGGAGCACAGCAUCAUAUAUAUAAGCUGGUGAAAGACUGAUGUGCUUACUCCGACAAAAAAUAGUGCAUGAUUUGACGCUUUACCACUUGUGUAUGAAUACAUAUACAGACCAUGUGUGCUGCUAAUUUUAACAAAGAAGAAGAGAACAUUUAUAUGGUGCAUCAGACUAAAAACUGUGAAUUUACACAGUGACAGCACUUAGAUAAAAAGGUGAUCUUCCCCCAGUGAAUGUUAGCCGGUGUAUCAGUGUCAGAAAAAAUAUAAAAAAUUAGUUCAGAAAGGGCAACAGAAUGAUUAAAAAAUGUAGUCCAGAAGAAUCACGUCAAAAAGUAGUUCCAAAACCAAAAUAAAUGGGUUAUUCUACUUAACACUGAAUCAAGGAUUUAACUGAAAUGUAAACUUUUAGAGAUAUAAAUAAAUGAAGCAAAUUUAAAAAAUAUUUUUUUGACACUGGGUUUACGCUUUAGUUAAAAAAGAUUUUUGUCUUCCAUAAUGUUCAAGAUGCAAAGGAUUUAAGUACUUACUUUGCCAGUACAUAGCAAUAUUUUUCCCAGGUUUGUGACAUACAAGUUAUAAAUGUAGGACUAGGGUUCCAACCCAGAAAAAAAAUCAGUUGUACAACAAAUGCUGACCCGAUGAUUGUUUGAUUUAUAAUCAAAAUAUUAUGCCACAGACUUGAGCCAAAAAUACUAUAUGUAAGAAUGUAGCAUUGAAUGAAGUGAUAGGAAUAGACAAGUGCUUGGUUAUGUUAAAAAUUAUGUUGACAUGACGUCCAAGUUUAGGUUUAUUUCUAUCGCAAAUUUGCAUGUACAGAUAGAUGUAUUGGUUUUGUUGCAGCAGUUUUCUUAAGUUGAAUUAAAACAGUAUCCUUUACUUGAUGGUUGAAUGAAACCUGUAAAUAUGCUGGUUAAAAAUCAUAUCCUUAUAAAGGCUUAAAAAAAUUAACUUUUUAGAUUUUUAAGACAUAGAAUUAUGUAAAAAUUGUUGAAUAUCAUAACUGCUUUGUGACCUUGCGAAAACAACAAUUAGAAAAUUAUUUUCUGAAGCACAUUGAUUUAAAGAUAAAUUGAUAAGUGCUGGUGUAAAUUUUACUAUUGUGUCAUUCAGUAUAUAAUUUAUAAAAUGUUAAGGGAUAUAAAUAAUUUUCAUUAUUUGCUGUGCAGACAUUCUACCCUUACAUCACGUCAUAGUGAAAUGGUGCCAGUCACUGUUCAUACAUUUUCAGGCAUUUUCCUUCGAUAUUUUACAUGUACGGGCCUGUGAGGCAGGUUAUAUUGUUGGUGUUUUGAUUUUAAUAAAGGUUGAUGGAGGAAUGUUUUAUCGGGUACCAUUUGCCUUAGUUUUAGGAAAAAGUAGUGAAAAGAUUAGUCUUGUUGCUUUUUACAAGUGUUGCUAUGUGUUAACCUUCCCUGUUAAUAGUGACACAAAUAAGGUUGAAUAUUUUUUGUGUGUGUCCAGUUGUUGACAUUUAAGAAUAAAAGGUAUUUUUGUAAUAUACUUGAUCUCAGUAGUUAUUGUUCACUAUGCAACAUAAAUGUAGUAAUGUUCACAAGUUUACAGUCACUGUAUCAUCCAUAAAUAAGCUUUUGGCUUAUUUCAAGCAAUUAGGCUCAUUUGAGGAGCUUUUGGCUCAUCUCCAGGAAUUAGGCUCAUUUGAAGAGCUUUAGGUUGAUCUGCAGCAGUUAGGCUCAUUUUGAAGAGCUGAAGGCUAAUUUCAGGAGCAAAAGUUCAAGAAAAUUUAGCAGAUAUUUAAAAAAAGCAGCUUAAAAACUACUUUGAGCCAAGUAUUGUGGUGUUCAGAGCUUUCUUCCAGCCUAACUGACUUCAUAAAGUUCUGUGUAUUUAACAUUGAUCACAUGUUCAUUGAAUGUUAGUCUUGUCAUCUAAAAUAUCAUAUACAUAUAAAAUAUUUUCACCAUUAUUUUGUUCUGCCCACUUACUGUACCAUGUACGGAAGCAAUAUCCUUGAUAUUGUUUUAACUGCGUACUUAUUUUAGUUACAAUAAGAAAAUGUUCAACUUAUUAGGAUGACUUAUUUGUUCUGUUAUAUAAAAAAUGAAAUUAUUUUGGCGUAAUUUUUUUUUUGUGCAUUGGUUUUAGUAACAAUCUCCAAAUUUGUUGUAGUAAUCUUUUUAUAUAUUAAUUAGGAUUCAUGUUAUGUUCUUGUUGUUAUUUUUUCUGCAAGUUAUUUUUUUAUUUUAAUUUUAUCCUCUUUCCAAAAAAUUCAGGAAAUGUUGAACACUUCACUAUAACUUGUAAAACAUGUUGUAAACAAUUACUUCUUUCAAAUUACUGGUUAUUAUAUACACAGUUUAAGUAUGAUAUAUCAAAAUAUAUAUAUAAAUAUAAGUGUAAUUUAUUUGUUAUAUGUCCUAAUGGAAUAGUAAUAAACUUGUGUGCCUUCAUAUAACAACGACAUUGAUUUCUUAAAGAAGAAAAUUAGCCAUGAUAAGUAACUAAUGUUUACUUACCAAUAUUGUUAAAUUUAUACUUAUUCACCAAAUUUUGAAUUUUAUUAUUAAAGCGGCCUUCGGCUUCUUUAUAUUAUCUUUUGAAACACAAUUCUGUGUUGUUAAAACUAAGUAUUUUAUAUUAAAACUAAGUAUUUUAGUAAAUUUAUCUGGGAAAAAUGCAUCUGUUAAGUCUACUUCAAAACAGCGUCCCGAGAGCUAUUUAUAGCGUGCCAGUGAUGUUUGUGCUAAAAGUAUAAGAUUGGGAAACGAAUUGUCAGUUUUAAUAAUUUACAUAUAUAGAUCAGAUUAGAGUAGUUUAGAGGUAUGAAGGGGUUUCCUUAUUGUUUUAUGUAUUUUAUCAACUGCAAUUUCAUUUUGCCACCUUAAUUCUUUUGAUUUGGCAAUUACAUGAAAUGAUUAAUCUAAAAAUAACAUAUUUAACCUUUAGAAAAGCUGAAGACCGCUUUUAUCAUAAUAGAAUUUACAUUAAAGUGUUUUAAAAGAAAUUGAUUAAUACAAAUAUUAUAUACACACGUUACUUUACAUUUUGCAUUGUUUUCGUAGUAAAUAAUUUAAAUGAGAUACACAUAUUAAUUUCGAGCUUGCCUAAUAAGGAAAGAAUCUGUACAUUAUGUAAAUAGUGUAAAAUAAUAAAAACCCUAAAGUGCUAAGUGUAAAGAGCUUCUUGUAAAAGAUCUGCUACUUCUGAUAUUGUAUGUUUUUUCCCCCUUAUUUGUAUUAUAAAAUAAAGCAUCUUUCCAAAGUUACUUGAAAUAUAUUAUUUUGAUUGUAAAGUUAUGGAAAAUAGAAUAUCCACUUUUGUUUACUGUUUAUAUAAUGUUUCAAGAAGUGUUUUACAUGAUGUAAUGUUUGAACACUAAAGCGUCCAUGUUCCCAUGGCAAAUCAUUUGGGAAAGAAUAUUUAUAUUAUUACAGCAUUUGAUUAUUUGAAGUAAAGAAGUGUAAUUUGUUUUCUUUUUUUCAUACAUGUUUAACUGAUAAAAUAUUGUAAAGAAAUCCAUACAAGGGCAUUUUUGUGUAUUUUUGAACUGCAAAGAAAUAUUACACAUACGUUACUCAAGAGAUAAAGAGCAUGUAGUUAUAAUAAUUUUGUCAUUAUCAUUAUGUUAACUUGAAACAUGUUAAACCAUCUAUGAAGUGUAUAGAAAACCAUGAUUAAAGUUGAUUGAAGUUUAAGGAAAAUGCUCCAUGAAGUUUAUGGAAAACCAUCCAUGAAGUUUAUAGAAAACACAGCAUUCACAAAGUUUAUGGAAACCAUUCAUAAAGUUUAUGGAAAAAUAAAUAAAAUUUAUUUAAAACCAUAUGUGAAUCUUAUGCAAAACUAUCUAUGAAGGUUUUGGUAAACCAUGAAUGAAGUUUAUGCAUAACCAUCCUUGAAAUUUAAAGAAAACUAUGAAAUUUAUGGAAAACAAUGUGAAUGUUAUUGAAAACUAUCCAUGAGAUUUAUGCAAAACUAUGAAUUUUAUGGAAAAAAAAUUAUGAAAUUUAUGGAAAACGAUCUGAAGUUCAUAGAAAACCAUUCAUCUAUGACACGUAUGCAAUUUUACACCGUUUUACAAUUUAUUGAGGACUUCAGAAGACGACACUUCAAAAUGUUUAAUUGUUUAGCAAUGGUUAGAUUUGGAUAAUACUACUAGAGUAAAAUAUCUUAACUAUUUCAUUUUUUUAAUUUAGUGGACAAUGCUUUUUACAAAUGUGAAAAAAGUAGUAAGCAAAAAAAAUCAUAUUUUAUGAAGUAUUUUCACCUGUCAGUCAUGUAUCACUAAAACAUAAACAUUUGUAUUUGUUCAAACAGUUUUGGUGUGUAUUUUUUUUCUUUUAUUAUGAAAACAAGUAGACAUUCUUUAUGUAUUGUUAUUUUAUGACAUAACCUUAAUUAUGAAAUUGGAAAAAUUAUGAAAUAGGUUAAUGUUGUUUAUAACUUGAAGAAAAUUGAAAAGAGUUUAAUGUUGUUUGUUACACAUUUUUAGUUUACACAGCUUAUAUAUGUUCUAAAUAGAAAUAUGCAACAGAAUUUGUGUAUUUGCUUUUAUUUUGAUCAUUAUUGGCAGUUUUAUAAACUUUGAUGCAAUAAUAUUGUUUUUCCUUCGGUAUUUUUUACUUAGCGGAUCUGUAGAAAUACAAAUAUGAAAUGUGAAAAUUUCUUUUCACUUUUAGUAAUUGCACGGUAAUGUGUUAGCAAUUAAGGAUGUUUUUUGUUCAAUAUGGUCAUUCAAUUGGUUGUGUACACUUAAUUUACAUGUUUUAAAAUGCUGACUAUGCAUUUCUUCAAAUGUCAGAAGAAAUUUAUUGAAACGUCCAUUAAAGUUGUGCCUUGUAAAUUAAGUCCAUCCAUAACAUAGCAUCUCCUUUAGAAGUUUAAGGUAACUUUUUUUUCCUUUUAAAAAUCGAUAAAAUUUUGUUGUUGUUAUUAUUAGAAAAUGGAUUGCCUUAAUAAGAAAGUUUUUUUCAUAGGGUGUAACCUGUCUUACAUCUAAAGGUUUGUAUUUAUAGAAUAAGGUUGAUAUCAUCCAAAUACGAUUUUUAGUAUUAUUGUUAUAACAUGUUGAUUUGUGUGAAAAAAAAAACAGUUUAACUGUCCAAAAUUUAAAAAGCAAGAAUGUGUUUUAAUUGUUAGAAGAGCCAAUCAGGUACCUUGUUAUAUUAGAACAUCCAAUUAGACGUCUUGUUGUUUGAAAUAUUUCUUUACCUUUGUAUCAGACUUUCUGAUUGGUUAUCAUGUGUCAAGAGUCAUUGAUUGGCUCUUGUAUUUAUAUCAGGCUUCCUGAUUGGCUUCUGUCAUGAUAGUUUUAAACUUGAAUUUUUGUAUAGUCCUUAAAGUAAUAUACAAGUACUUAAUUGUAAAAAGAUGCUAUUAAAAUACCUUUAUACAUUUUUAUACAGUUAUUAUACAUUAUUUUAUACCAAGUCAUGUGUAUUGUUACAUUAUGCAUGUUCUAAGAUGAUUUAAAUAUUGGUGCACUUGUUAAUAUAUUAUCGUGAAACCUACUUUAAUAUUUUCAUACUUUGGUGUUGAUAUACUGAAGGGCAGUUCCAAACAUAUUAUAUUAUCAAGUUAUCUAGUUGUUAUAAUGAGGUUGUUUUCAUAAUAAGAAUGUUUUCAAUCCUGUUUUUCAUAAUAAGAAUGUUUUCAAUCCCUUGUCCUUAAAUAAGAAGAAAUAAUUCUCUUACAGAUAAAUUUAUAAAUUAGUUUUAUUUAUAUGUACAUAAUUUCAACAAUUUUCUAGUCUUGAUCAUUAGAUAUUACAUGUUAUUAUUAUUUUCAUGAAAUGAUAAAUGAAUAUUCAGAUGUAUUUUUUUGGUAUUUUUGUCAAUGAUAUAUUUGAAAUUGAGUGGCUAACAGUAACAUAUGCAAGCCUAUACCAGUGAUUAUGGCAUAUAGUAUUCAGAUAGUGUAUAUCUAGUUAAACUGCCUUUGAGUAUAUCAACUAACAAAAUAUGAAGUCAUAUUGUACAGUACAGAUUGUUGUGUCAAAGAGCUUUGUUCUUUCACCUUGCCUUUAUAAACCAUAUGCAUUGAUUGAUCCAUCCUGUAUUUUUUCAUAUAAUCAAAUAUAAAAUUUUAGACUUGAUAAAUAAAAUGACUGAUAACAAAA